AUGCCACCAUGCUUGCCAUUCUGUGACCUGCUGCUUCCUAAGGAGGCUGUUGCAGCUGGCUACAGAUUCCUCCAAGUUCAGAUUGACUUGACUUUGGCUGCAGAGAGUUCAAUCCAAAAUUUCACAUUGCCACCUAACACAACUUCCUUCCCUGAUGCUACUGAUGGAAUCAUAGAAGAUUGUAUCACAAUUCUGGCAGCAGGACUGGCAGCAGGCAUCCCAACCUUGGUGGCAAUGGUCCUGCUCAUAGCUUUAAUUGUGGUCUGUGCUCAGAAAAGAAGAAAAGAUGGGCAUACUCAGGAGAAGAGAAGACCAAAUGAUUUUCCAGACAUGUAUGACAGUUCUGAGGUAUCAUUGGAGAACCUCAGCAGCCCUGAAAUGGAUGUGAAGGAAACAAUAGAGAUGGAAGAGACUCAUGUGUAUGUGAAGACCAUUACGGGGACAGAAGAGCUAGCAUAUGAUGCUUAUUUUCCUAGAACUAAAAUGGAAAAAAAACAGAGUUUGCCAAGGUGGCUCUUGCCUAAACGGGACAAGAAAUGA